AUGUCACAAACCUUGGCUCCGCAGACUCCCAAAAACAAAGCUCCAAACAGCCGAAUUCCUCAACUCCCUUCCGCCAUUCUUCCGAAUACGCGUUGGAAAACUUCAAGGAAUUCAAAACCACCACAGCCCCCUAGAAAAAAGCUACAGAGAGAAAUCCACGAGCUCGACAAGUUCUUCUGGCUCAAAUAUCAACCCUUCUUCUACAAGAGCCACGAGAUCGUUACCGGCAUGGCGGACCCGAGUCGCGGCCAUGCUCCGCGUGGUAUCCCUGAUUUCUGGACAGCCAUGAAGAACCAUUCCGAUAUCAGCAUGCAGAUUGAGGAGAAGGGCGAGCAGGAGAAGGACGAGCAGGCACUGCGUUAUCUUACUGACGUCACGGUUGAAUAUCUCGAGGGUUUCGAUUUCAAGUUGAAGGAGUUUAUGGGUGAUUAUCCGGAUCCGGUGAAGGUUGCUGCGGAUCAACUUGAUUGGAGACCUGGGAAAUGCCUUGCAGGAUUGAGUGGAGGGAAGCGUAGCAGUGACGAUGAUGAGGAGUCAUUCUUCACUUCCUUCUCUCCUCCUAAGUUGAAGGCAGGUGCGAAUGAGGAUGGCAAGGAAGAGUUUGAGUUUCUACUCGAGGAUACUUUGGAGCUUGCAGAACUGUUCAAGGAUGAAUUAAUUCCACGAGCAGUGGAAUGGUAUACUGGACAGGCUGUGCAAGAGGAUUCCGAGGAUAAUGACAAUAGUGACGAGGAUGAUGAGGAGCAUUUUGAAGACUCUGAGGACAAUAGAGACAGUGGCCAGAGAUGA